AUGUCUACCUCUCAGUCCACAUUGGUUCCGCGCUCUUCUGCCGAUGGUCGUGAAUCAGAUGAGAUGUCCGCAUCAAAACGACGAAAAGUACGGAAAGGAACUCGAAGCUGUUGGGAAUGCAGACAGCGGAAGAUGAAGUGUAUUUUCUCGCGAUCGACAGACAUUAUAUGUGUUCGCUGUCAUCGACGUGGUAUUAAAUGUGUCAGUCAAGAGUAUCCAGAAGAGAUCACUUCGUCCUUGGACCGAAGCCUCCAAGUGAGCGACCGUCUGAUACGAGUGGAGAAUUUGGUCGAAAAGCUCCUCAACAGAGACAGUAUAGAAGUGAGUUCUGGGGUUGAAGAAGACAAACAUGACACGCCCACUUCUCCGUUGCUCAACUCUGGCACUUCACCGAAGGCGACUUCGUCCGAGUCUUUAGAGAAGCCCGAAACAGCUGGCUUUGAAAUUCUAAGUGGAAAUACUGAGUCUUCAAGCUCCAGAGUCGUUCAAAAUGCCCCUUUUAGACCCGACAAGCAUGAGAAGCUGUCUCGGACCUUACAUGCCUCAUUACCAUCACCGGAAGAAAUACAGAUAAUCGUCAAAGCAUGUGGCAACACAUCUUCCUUAUUUUAUCAAAUGCAAAUCGUGCCCUACAACGAUCUUGACAAGACAAUGUCUCUUGAAAGCAUGUUUGCGACGCCAAAUCUCAAUGCGCAUCCUGUUAUAAUCGCAAGACACAUGCUUCAUGUCGCAACGGCCUUGCAGCAUCUUCAUCCUGACUUUACCAAAAACGUUGGCAGACUAUCUGAGCCUCCUCGAGAGAUGAUGAGAAGAUUAUCAGCAAUAGCCACCAAUAUCGUGACAACAAAUGAUGACCUCGUUUACUGUGUUGAAGGAAUAGAAUGUAUGCUGGUGGAGAGCUGGUUUCAUACGAAUGGUGGGAAUAUACGAAAAGGCUUGGUUACCGUUCGAAGAGCCAUGACUAUUGCGGAGUUGAUGGGCUUCCACCAGCCAGGAAGAGCACAGUGCAAAAUCGUUGAUCAGCAGACAAAAUCUUAUCCAGACUUCAUUUGGCAUCGAAUCACCGCUCUUGAGCGAUACCUCUGUUUAACGCUAGGCAUUCCAGAAGCAACAAAUGAUCAUAGCAUGACUUCCCAGGCAGCUCUUUCAAACGAUACACCUAUGGGACGUCUUGAUCGUAUACACUCUGUGGUGACCUCUAAAAUUCUACAACGCAACCAAUCACUUCCAGCGUCUCAUGAUCCUGCUCUGGCACAAUAUCUAGACGAAGAAUUGCAAGCAGCUUCCAGAUAUCUUCCAGACAAGUGGUGGCUCGUCCCAAACCUAGCCACUGUUGCUGAUAAACCGGAAGCACUCUUCUGGGAUAUGCGCCGACUCUUACAUCACCUUUUUCAUUAUAACCUACUCAUUCAACUUCAUUUGCCAUAUAUGCUCGGUUCUGCGGCUGCUGGACAUAGAUGCGGGUAUUCACAGAUUAUUUGUGUUAAUUCGGCCCGCGAUAUACUCUCGCGUUUCGUCAUGUUUCAUAGUUUCAACCGAAUUGCCUUCAGCUGUCGCACCGUCGACUUCUUCGGUUUAAUGGCAGCUAUGACUCUCUUAUUGGUACACACCGAUGGCCACCAGCAAAAACCCUCUAUAGUGAAUAGUCUGGAGUGGCCCCAAGGCACUUCUGAGCCAAUGAGUAACCCAUUCACACACCAGAGGCCUAGCGACCGCGCACUUAUAGAAAACAUGCUAGAUAUCCUGGACGAAGUCGGCCGACUGGAGACGGAGACAAUGAGCACUCAGAUUUCGAACAUCUUACGACGUUUGAUGACUAUCGAGGCUGAAGCUGCAAAAGGGCCUCCAUGGUCCUCGGAAAUUAACAAGAACUCAUCUCCCAAAAACGACAGCGACGCCGUCCAAAUGUCAAUUCCCCAUUUUGGUGUUAUCAAUGUCACUCGUCGGGGUAUUUUCUUCAAAAACCCUCACCAAAUUCAGCAGGUUGUUACAGGUGAUAUGGAGUCACAAUUUGAAGUCGCCAAAUAUGGAACUCAAAAACAAUAUGGAUAUGGCCUUUCUUCCUCUGGUCGACAGGGCAUCUAUAGUGAGGCAGGAGGCGGGAUAGGCAGGCACCAGACAAAAGACAAAUUGCAAGCAAAAACAAACCCGCCGCCGCAAUCCCAGCCUUCUUCCCUGUCCCAUGGCCAUAUCUCUACUAAUAACCCUUCAUUCCAGAUGGGGCAAGCCAAUCACACCAAUCCUGAUUCUAUUCCUCAACAAAACCAAGAAUUCCCGUUAACUGCUGGGGAGCAUAUGGAAACAGGGCAGGAUGCCGAGCUCCAGUUUUUUGACACAUUAAUGAGAGGAAUUAGAGUUGACGAAAAUGACAGCAUCGAUUGGCUGGCCUGGCUCAAUGUGUCUUGA